AUGUGCGCUUCUAGAACUACAUGUCUACGAUGCGUAUCGCGCGUGCGUUCAACUGUGCCACCGACGUACAAAUCGGCAUUCAGAGUCGGAGCUGGAGCCCGGCCUGUCGCGUGGUUCUCGUCGACAGCCCCUGGCGCCUCACAUCAGACUCCGAGCUCGAGCUCAACUUCGCAGCCUCCUUUCCCCCAGGAGGCACCAGCAUCCUCAAAGAGACAGCCAAGAAGGACCAAGGACGCCGAUGCCGCCGUCUCUCUGUUCAAUGAUGUGGUGCAGAAAAACGAAGCCACUGCUCGCGGAGGGUCCCCUGCACGGCCGAUUGCUCGACAGCAUUCUGCACCUGCGGUGCUUGGUGAAUGGGAGAUUGCUGCCAAGAUGAAGGAAUUGGAGACAAUGAACGUCGAAACCCUCGACAGACUGCGCCUCUUCCAAAAUGAGAUAUGGCCACAUGUCAAGGAACUCCGCGGACGAAUCCCCAAGCACCUCUACGUGUCAACUACAACGUUUUUGGCGCAGACUUGUGACGCGGUUGCUCAACAAGGUCUCACGGGCAUCAGCGUCGCUCUUUCGAAAAUGCUCGCCAUUAUUGGAAAAUGGGAUCUGCACAUGCGGAACCAGCUCGUCUUGAGCCUGUGCCACACGUUGAUUAGUAGGAAGCAUACUUCGGCGGAGCGUAAUGCCCUCGUCGACGAGCUCUUGGAUAUGUGGAGGCAUACUUCUCAACUACGGAGGAUGAGUCAAUUGCACGUCGAGCGGCUCACCUUCGUGCUCCCGACCAAGGAAGAGAUCGUUGAGGAUAUCGAAAAGUGUUCAGCAUCCUCAACAAGGCAGAAUGAAUCAGCAGGGCUGAAGUCUUCCAACAUGACGCCUACCACCAAAGCCCUGGCUAGUAUCUUCACUCAAUACCGACUGGAGCAGGCUGGUGAACUUGUGCCGGGUCUGUUGACGACUCUUGCUGUGCUCUCUGAUCCGCGUCUAGCUAGAGAGGCAAGCCAAAUCAAGGCGGCACCACUGUUGGACCUCGUUGCCCUCGCACUGCAGCACCAGCCCGCAGACGCCGCCCAUGUUGAUGGCAUCUUUUCUAGAAAAAUCGAAUUCCCACCGUCAAAGCUGGCCGAUUUGCGUUCUUACGUGCUGCCACAGUGGCCUCGGGCUCAGGACAUGGUGUUGAGGACUGAUGCAGCGUGGCGCGAAGGAAGUAUACCGUCUCAGGGGCCAUCUCGCUCAUCAAGCGAGGCGUCCCAUCUGUCAGUUUUCAACAAGCAACUCCGCUCUGCUUAUCGGUCUCGUAACACCGGCGCUGUUGUAUCCAUCUGGCAGGAUCUCAAGGCUUGUUUAGCCCAAAACCGGGACAUUGCGCGAGAAAUGCGCGAGGACCCAGACUUCUUUGACUAUUGGAUAUUUGUCUGGUGUGCCGUCAGACGACCCACCAUGUUGCAGGCGACAUUGGAUCUCAUGCGUGAGGUCGGCAUACAGCCUACUGUGCGAUCAUAUACCAACAUGAUGUACGGGUGGAAGAUAUGCAAAGACGCGGACCGCAUCGAAGCCCUUUGGAAUAAGUUGGUCCAGUCGGGCCUGAGGCUCGACGUCUUCAUAUGGACUGAGCGCAUUUCGGGCCUCAUUGAGGCCGGCAGACCACAAUCUGGCAUCCAGGCGCUGGCCGAGAUGCAGAGCCUAUGGAAGAAGGCGGUUGCCAGCAGAGGCAGCAUCGAGAGUGCCGCCCGUGUAGCCGUCCAGCCCAGCACAGAGGUCGUCAAUGCCGCCCUCAAGGGCCUCAUUGUUCUGGACCGACGCGCGGCCAACGAGGUGCUCGUCUGGGCUGGCAGGCAAGGUAUCGAGCCCAACGUCCGGACGUACAACGUUCUUCUGAGAGAGAGCCUCCGCAACAACGUCGCCGAGGACGUGCAAGGCCUGUUGAAGGCCAUGAAGAAUCGGGGCAUCGAAAUCGACUCGGCCACGUUCACCAUCCUCCUCGAGGGGCUGCUCGGGUCCCUGGAGCACGCUUCCGCGGCCGAGCAGGUACAUGUCGCGAGGCAGAUCCUGGGGGACAUUGAAGCGGCGGGAUUGAAGGCGAAUCACGAGACGUACGGCAAGAUGCUCUACGCCGUCUCGGGGCUUGCCAAUGGCGGCGCCAACGAGGCCCUUGCCGCCGUGCAGGACCACAUGACGGCCGCGGGCCUGUCCAUCACGCCUCACAUGGUGACGAUUCUCAUUGAACGGGUCAUCUCCCGGGACCCGCUGCCCCCUGACGCGGGAGCAGCCGUCCGCGCCAUCCUCAAGGAACACGGCCUGUCCGACGUCGCGCAGGGCGAUCAGACGCUGUGGGAGCGGGUGAUGAGCGCGCACGCCGUCACGGGCGACGUGGCCUCUGCCAUGGCGGUGUUUGACGACCUCGCGCGCGCAGGACGGCCCGUCACCUCGCUGCCCUGUUUGACGGAUCUGCUCAAGGCCCUCUUGGCGUCGGCCGACCCCAAGGCCGCACAGGACGCGAGGCACGUGGUGGGCGUGGUGCUGCAUCACAGGCUCGAGGGGGCGGCGGCAGAUGACUCGUCUGACAGGGACGCCCGCUACUGGAAGCAUCAUUUUUGGUUCCUGGCGAGGGAGAACGGCCUGGUCGACUGGCGCCAAGUGCCAGUGACUGUGGCAGCCAAGCUGCGUGAAUGA